UAUACUCUGAUGUCAUCGAACUAUUAACCAUUUAUUAAUCUGAAGUGCACAAUACUGCUAUACAACUGCGCACUCCAAGAAAAACGCAGUCAUUAUUAAAAACGUUCUAUUAGUGGAAUCCAUGUUGUAAACAGUGGCACGUUUUAGAUAUCUGAAACACACAACAUCAAUGGUAUAUCAAAAGCUUGUUUAAUGUAUUAUUGUGAGUGCGUGCGAUCAUGCAAUCGCUUAUAUCGUGACGUGGUAAAGGCGCGUUGAUCUUAAGAAGGCGUCCACUUCACCUCUGCAAUGCAGAUAUCCACGUUUGACAUAAAACCGAAAAACAACAGUAUCUUAAAGCUAAAAGAAGACAUAAUCAACGAGGUCAUUGUUACCAAACAGAAUGGGGUUCAGUUCAUCAGGACUGACUUGUACCUGGCUGGAAGGAGGCAAAGUUAUUUUGGAAGAUGUUUGGAUGAGUAUUCCAUUCCCCAUCCGGGCGUUUUUGAGACGCUUGGAUAAUAGUGUUACCCCUCAUUACGUCAAGAAUCUAAUCUCAGGCAGGACGUUUUCGUUUGAAGACGGGUUCGGUGUGGAGUUUUGCGGGAGUGAAUAUUUCUAUGGCCCGGAAGAGCCCGGUUCCAAUGAGAUGCAGUUCUAUGUGGCGCAUGGGGAAAUGGCAGUGAAAGUAAAUAAAAAGAUAUUUAUGUCGUUUCUCAAAAUCAUUUUGGACUCGAGACCCCAGCCUCUGCCAAAAAAUAUCCAAGAAUGUUACGAAGAAUUAAAGCAAAGCAUACGACAACUGGAAAAAUAUGAGACGACAGUACAGCAAGCGUUUAAAGCGGCUAGUGAGAAUGACUACAGAACCCUCCUGUCCAUUCUUAAUACCCAUUCCAGUGACUCGGAGGAUGGGAAUGACGACCUGCGCGUGGACAGCUUUGUGAGAGACAGCAGCGGGUUCACUCUCCUGCACAGAGCGGCCUGGGGUAACAGACCUGCUGUUAUUGAUGUUCUCUGGCAGCUGGCAGACUCCUGGGAAGACUCCACUACAAGCCCAGCGUGGCUUCCCUUAUGGCUGUCAGAUAUGGUACAGUUAAAACCAAUUGACUCUGAAACCACGGCACAGACCACAGGCAAAAGUGCUCUCGAACUGGCAGAGGAGAUGAACAACAGUGCUGCUGCUGGUGCCAUUAGAGCCAUUGAUAAAUGUCAGCUGUCCCUACUUCCGAUUCACUUCGCUGCGAGACUUGGGGAUACAGAAUGGGUCAAAAGCAUUGCUUUCAACAGCAUCUGCGCACGAUCAACAGUCAAUAUGACAACCGAGGGAAAUGACUGUCCUCUUUGGAUGGCAUGUACCAGGGGGCAUUUAGAAACCGUGAAGCUUCUUAUAGACUUGGGAGCGGAUCCGGGGACCACUUCUCAAGAUGAGAAAGGGCAAACUUUGCUUCACAGAGCGGUUUCCUUUGGAAACGAAGACGUCGCUCGUUAUCUAAUCGAAAGCCACUUGUUGGGCGUCGAUAUCCGGGAUCGCUAUGGCUGCACCCCACUAUAUUACUCAUUGCAACUCGGCUUGCCCAGGAUAUGCUUUCUUCUCUUGAAGUGCGGAGCUAACUUAGACGCGCAGUGCGUAAAUCCGCUGACACUUUGUACCGAUUCCCCUCGGCUGCUACUGGAAAGGAAAGAGUUUCAGCACCUCAGACAGCUCCUAGUGUGUUCUGUAACAGAAACAGACAUCGACAAUGUUCGUGCUGAUCUCGAAUUAGAUAUCGCCUUUCUGGAAAGAUCGGACAGACCUAUGAUGUCGCCUACAAAACUCCUUCGUCGUCUCGGAGGAUCUUCUGACGUGAGCAGCGGCAGACCGCACGAGACGAGUCUGCAGUACUAUUAUAAUCUGUUUGUUUGACGGCAGCUCCGUAGAAAAUAAGUCAGAGUAAUGCAGGCUGCAGUCUCACCAUUUCAUGAAACCGAGAAUACUUUUAUAUGGUACCUCAAACUUCGGAGACCCUCACAGAUAUAUAGACCUGUAUUGUGAAAAUGUGCAUUAUUUUUCUUGAUUGAUGUUUGUAACAAUUUUGGCAAAUAAAAUGUAUUUAUAAACCAGCUAAGAAAUGCAUGACACGUUCACAUUACUAUUAUCCCACCAAUAAUAAUAAUAAUAAUAAUAAUAAUAAUAAUAAUAAUAAUAAUUACCAGCAUGUAUUUAUUGUAUUGAUUUAUUUAUUGUAUUUAUAGCAUUUUUGUAUUCAGCAUGAAGCUGUAUAGGUCUAUUACAAGAUAAGACUGACUGUACUCAAGAUAACCUUGCAGUGAUUGGCUACGUUGUUUUAGCUAAGGUGGGUCAAAUCAUUUCAUCUACAUCCCUGUCAAUAGCUUGGUAUAAACUGGGGGAAAGCAAUCCCACCCCGAGAAGUAAUCGGUAACUCGGAUAAAACUCCGCCUAAAGAAUUGCCCAUUACAGCUGGGUUAACGCGUAAAUAAAGCAUGCUAA